AUGCAGAAUAAGGAGGAAAAAUUGGAUAAUGAGCUCACGCCUGAAGAAAAGAAGAAAUACAUUAGCUACCAAGAACUGAUAGCAGUUCCACAAAAAGUCAAGAAGAUUAUCAUGGAUACAUAUGGCGAAAUGUUCCUAUCAAACAAUGAGCUAAGCAAACUUACCAAAGCGAAACGAAUUGAUAAUCUACGCCUUAUUUUUGACUAUGUCACACUAUAUCUCAAUGUCAAUUAUUCUCUGCGUCUCAUAUGGCCCUCAAACGUUCGCCUCAUGGGUGCGCAAAUUAUUGAUCUAGAUGGAACAACGAACAAUCUUAUUGCUAACUUUCUUCAUUUUCUUUCAGGCUCUCUCGGGCAAACACCAGCAAAGCUACUUUGGCGUCCAACGAGCAUGAACAUGAUCCGUCACAUUGUUGAAUCAUAUCUGAUCCAAUCACCAACAUAUGCGAAGCUUACUAAUAGAGAAAAACAUGACCUUCACGCUAAGCUACUCCAUAGCCCGUUUGCUGCCAAUACUAGCUACAAUAAGAUUGCAAGCAGAUCCACGGCAUCAGAGGUCAGCGAGGAAGCUCCUGACUUCUCAUAUGAGCCAGCGCCUCAACCUCCAUCACCUGCUAAGCCGCAAACACGCUCUAAAGCACGUAGGGAACGCAUAUUUCAUGGAAAUUUCACUCCAACAGGCAGUGAUAAAUCACUUGAAAUUAAAAUCGAGAAGUAA